CUCAAUCAUGUCCUUUGCUGCUGCUCCUCAGGGGCUGUCCGCAGACAAGCUCGAAGACAAAGCGCGCAAGUGGCAGCAGCUGCAGAGCAAGCGAUACUCGGACAAGCGCAAGUUUGGCUUUGCUGCAGAGACGCAAAAGCAGAACAUGCCUGCAGAGCACCUGCGCAAGAUUAUGCGCGACCACGGCGACAUGACGAGUCGCAAGUACAGACACGACAAGCGCGUCUACCUGGGCGCACUCAAGUACGUGCCGCACGCCGUGCUCAAGCUGCUCGAAAACAUGCCAAUGCCGUGGGAGCAGGUCCGCGAGGUCCAGACCAUCUACCACAUUACGGGCGCCAUCACGUUCGUCAACGAGAUCCCGCGUGUCAUUGAGCCAGUGUACAUUGCGCAGUGGGGAACCAUGUGGAUUAUGAUGCGCCGCGAGAAGCGCGAUCGCCGCCACUUUAAGCGCCUGCGUCUCCCGCCCUUUGACGACGAGGAAAUGCCGCUUGAUUAUGGCGACAACCUCGUCGAUGUCGAGCCGCUCGAGGCCAUUCAGAUGGACUUGGAUCCAUCCGAAGACGCGCCCGUGGUCGACUGGUUUUACGACCACAAGCCGCUCAGCGACGACCUCAAGCGCGUCAACGGCGCGAGCUACAAGACCUGGACGCUCGACCUGCCCAUCCGCUCGACCCUCUUCCGUCUCGCGUCGCAGCUCUUGUCCGAUCUCGUCGACCCCAACUACUUUUACCUGUUUGACCUCAAGUCGUUCUUCACCGGAAAGGCCCUCAACAUGGCCAUUCCUGGUGGCCCGCGCUUUGAGCCGCUCUUCCGGGACGAGGAGCACGUCGACGAGGACUGGAACGAGUUUAACGACGUCAACAAGAUUAUCGUGCGUCAGCCCAUCCGCACGGAAUACCGCAUCGCCUUCCCCUUCUUGUACAACAACCGCGUCCGCGCCGUCGAGCUCGCCCAGUACCACUCGCCGCUGGUGCAGUUUAUCAAGACGGAAGACCCCGAUCUGCCCGCCUUUUACUUUGACCCGCUCAUCAACCCCAUCACGCACCGCCACGCCGCCACCACGGCAUCGUCGGCCACGACUGCCAAGUUUUCGGAUGCGAGCGUGCAGCAGAAGGGCUCUUCAGCGACGAGCAACGGCACUUCGGUCGACUUGCUGCGCCUCAUGAGCCAGCUCGACGAGUUUGAUCCGACCAACAUGGAGGACGCCGAGGACCAAGCGACGGGUGGAAGCUACAGCACGGCCCUGCCGACGCUCGAGUCGUUUGUCCUGCCUGAAUCAGUUGCACCGCUGCUCGGCGAGUGCCCCGUCUACACUGACAACACGGCGGACGGCAUUGCCUUGCUUUGGGCGCCGCGACCAUUCAACCUGCGCUCGGGCUACACGCGCCGCGCCGAGGACGUGCCGCUCGUCCAGAAGUGGUACCUGGAGCACUGCCCGCCUGGCCAGCCCCAGAAGGUCCGCGUGUCCUACCAAAAGCUGCUCAAAAACUACGUCCUGAACGCCUUGCGCCACCGCGCACCCAAGGCCAUGAACAAGCGCUACCUCUUCCGCUCGUUCAAAAACACAAAGUUCUUCCAACAGACAGAGCUCGACUGGGUCGAAGCCGGUCUGCAGGUGUGUCGCCAGGGCUGGAACAUGCUCAACUUGCUCAUUCACCGCAAGGGCCUGCACUACUUGCACCUCGACUACAACUUCAACCUCAAGCCCGUCAAGACGCUCACCACCAAGGAGCGCAAAAAGUCCCGCAUGGGCAACUCGUACCACCUGUGUCGUGAGAUUCUGCGUCUGACCAAGCUCGUGGUUGACUCGCACGUGCAGUACCGCCUUGGCAACGCGGACGCGUACCAGCUCGCCGACGGUCUCAACUACAUUUUCAACCACAUUGGCCAGCUCACAGGCAUGUACCGUUACAAGUACAAGCUCAUGCGCCAGGUUCGCCAAUGCAAGGAUCUCAAACACGUCAUUUACUACCGCUUCAACACUGGCACGGUCGGCAAGGGUCCAGGCGUGGGCUUCUGGGCGCCUUCGUGGCGUGUCUGGCUCUUCUUUAUGCGCGGCGUGGUACCGCUGCUUGAGCGCUGGCUGGGCAACUUGCUCGCGCGUCAGUUCGAGGGUCGCCUGCACAAGGGCGUCGCUCUGACAGUGACCAAGCAACGUGUCGAGUCCCACUUUGAUCUCGAGCUGCGUGCUUCCGUCAUGCACGAUAUCCUCGACAUGAUGCCCGAAGGCAUCCGUCAAAACAAGGCUCGCUUGAUUCUGCAGCACUUGAGUGAGGCGUGGCGCUGCUUCUCCCCCGAGACGCCUGUGCGUAUGGCUGACGGUUCGGUCAAGCGCGCCGACGCCAUUGCCCAAAACGACCGCGUGCUUGGCGCCGAUGGCCGGAGCCUGCCGGUCAAGCGCACUAUGGCCGGCAGGGAUGCCAUGUACAAGAUCAGCAUCGUGACUCCGCCGGAGAGCAAAGCCCAGCGAAAGGACGCUGAAUGGCAGCCCUCCGAGUCGGGCUUUACGUGCAACUCACGUCACGACCUUGUCCUCGCUUGUCCUCACAUUGACACGGUGCAUGUCCAUCACGACGCUGCCUCACGCACGUUCACGGUGCGUCAUGCAGCGCUUCGCAAGUACUCUGGUCCUGUCAAAGGUCUUGAGACGAGCAUGCAGCAGGUUUCCAGCACGUUCUCGUAUUCCGCCACCUUUGUCGCAGCCGAGAAUGACCGUCGGUUUGCAACCGAGACAGCCGCUCGUGAUGCCGCCACAACGUUUGCCAACGAGUGCCGUGCUGCUCAACCCGUGCUCUGGACUGUCGGCACAGCUGCGUUCGUCCGGUUUGCUGCUGCGCACCCAACUCAAGCUGGCCACAUGCGCAUGAUUCGGAGUGGCUGUAUCGAGUGGCCGGUGCCGGCCUCCGUCGACCUGAGCCAGGUUAUCGAGCAGGUCGUCCCUGCCAUCAGCAGCAACGAGCCGCGGCCAACUCCUGAAACCCUCGGCUAUCUGCUGGGCCUUCAUCUUGCCGACGGCAGCGCUGAGCGCGCUUCCUUCUUUGUUGGCCAUGCAGAGUCAUCGCUUCUCGCCUACUUGGACGAGGUCGCCCCGCAGUUCGGCCUUGUCUCGCAUCGCGUGUCCCAACCUGACAUGUACGAAGUCUCCCUCACCCGCGCUCUUGGCUCUGAGAAGCAAAACCCCCUGCUGGCUGCGUUCCGUGGUCUUGGCUACUUGCGCAAGCCUGUCAAGGACAUUUCCGCCAGCUUUGUACGCAAUGUUCUGACGCAAAGCGUGUCAGUGCGCCGUGCCGUGCUGGCUGGCUUCCUCGAUGGCGAGGGCAGUCUGGUUGCUUGCAACUCAUGCGGCUCUGCAUGCGCUUACAGCGCGGUGCAAGCAGUUGGAGCAGCCCGCUCUGCACAUCAUGGCGACAUUCUCCGGCUCAUCCAGCAUGUUGCGCGCAGUCUGGGGUUGCUCUGCAACGUGUAUGCGCGGAAGACUGCCUCCUUCACUGCAUCGUCGCAGGCGCUCCGCCGGCUUACCUGUCGCCUGUCCGGCGACGGUAUCCACCUGCUGCCGUGCAAGCAAAAGCCGAUGAUGGCCGAGCACACAUGCGCCGAGGCGCGGGAGCGGCGUUUUGUCAAGUUCACUGUCUCACGCGUCAGCGAGAGCGGCCCGUACGUCGGCUUUGAGCUUGACGGCUCGCCCUUGUUCCUUCUCGACAACUGGCUUGUUGUGCACAACUGCUGGAAGGCCAACAUUGCCUGGAAGGUGCCUGGCAUGCCCGUGCCGAUCGAGAACAUGAUUUUGCGCUAUGUCAAGCUGAAGGCCGACUGGUGGACGAACGCCGCCCACUUCAAUCGCGAGCGUAUUCGUCGCGGUGCCACCGUGGACAAGGCCGCCAUCAAAAAGAACCUGGGUCGCCUCAUUCGUCUCUAUCUCAAGGCCGAGCAGGAGCGCCAGCAAAACUACCUCAAGGACGGCCCGUACGUGUCUGCCGAGGAGGCCGUGGCCAUUUACACGACGACCGUCCACUGGCUCGAGUCGCGCCGCUUCUCGCCCAUCCCCUUCCCGCCGCUCAACUACAAGCACGACGUCAAGCUGCUCAUUCUUGCGCUGGAACAGCUGCGCGAGGCGUACUCUGUCAAGGCCCGCCUCAACCAGCAGCAACGUGAGGAGCUCGGUCUCAUUGAAGAUGCGUUCGACAACCCGAACGUUGUGCUUGCGCGCAUCAAGCGCCACUUGCUCACCCAGCGCUCGUUCAAGGAGGCCGGCAUUGACUUCAUGGACAUGUACUCGCAUCUCUUGCCCGUCUAUGCCAUCGAGCCCCUCGAGAAGAUCACCGAUGCCUACCUCGACGCCUACCUGCACUACGAGGCCAGCAAGCGUGGCCUGUUCCCUGCGUGGAUCAAGCCCUCUGACGCCGAAGUUCCGCCGCUGCUCGUGUACAAGUGGUGCCAGGGCAUCAACAACCUCCAGGAUGUCUGGAUUACGGCCGACGGCGAGUGCAACGUCAUGAUGCAAACGACGCUGCAAAAGCUGUUUGAAAAGAUUGACUUGACCGUGCUCAAUCGCCUGCUGCGCCUCAUCGUCGACCACAACAUUGCCGACUACAUGACGGCCAAGAACAACAUUGUGAUCAACUUUAAGGACAUGAACCACACCAACUCGUACGGUCUGAUUCGCGGUCUCCAGUUCUCGGCCUUCAUUGCGCAGUACUAUGGCUUGGUCAUUGACAUCUUGUUGCUGGGCUUGAAGCGCGCCACGGAGCUGGCUGGCCCGCCCAACAUGCCCAACGAGUUUUUGCAAUUCCCGUCGCCCGAGGUCGAGUCACGCCAUCCGAUUCGCCUGUACUCGCGCAACGUCGACCGCAUCCACAUGUUCCUGCGGUUUACUGCCGACGAGGCGCGCGAGCUGAUUCAGCGCUACCUGACCAACAACCCGGAUCCGACGGGUGCCAACGUGGUGGGCUACAACAACAAAAAGUGCUGGCCGCGCGACUCGCGCAUGCGUCUGUUCAAGCAGGACGUGCACCUGGGCCGCGCCGUGUUCUGGGACAUGAAAAACCGCCUGCCGCGCUCCAUCACCACCAUCGAGUGGGAGGACUCGUUCGUGUCCGUGUACUCGAAGGACAACCCGAACGUGCUCUUUGACAUGUGCGGCUUUGAGGUGCGCAUCAAGCCCAAGAUCCGCUCGACCGGCGAGGAGCUGGCGCACGGCGAUGGCGUCUGGAACUUGCAGCACGAGGUGACCAAAGAGCGCACCGCCCAGGCGUACCUGCGCGUGUCGGAGGAAGGCAUCACGCAUUUCAACAACCGCGCGCGUGCCGUGCUCUUGUCGAGUGGCUCUGCGCCGUUCGUGAAGGUGGCCUCGCGCUGGAACACGCUGCUCAUUGGUCUGAUGACGUACUACCGCGAGGCGGUCGUCAACACGCCCGAGCUGCUCGAUCUGCUCGUCAAGGCCGAGAACAAGAUGCAAACCCGCAUCAAGAUUGGCCUCAACUCCAAGAUGCCCAGCCGUUUCCCGCCGGUCGUCUUUUACUGCACGGCGCCAGACACGCUCGUGCGCAUGGCGGACGGCUCAGUCCGCGCCAUGGGCGCCAUCCGUGUCGGCGACCGCGUGCUCGGUCACGACGGCACGGCACGCACGGCGGCGCACGUCCACUCUGGCCGUGCCGCCAUGUAUCGCGUGCGCCCGGCAGAGAACAAGUGCGGCGACAUUCUGUACGACGACGGGUUUGAGUGCAACGGCAACCACAUCCUCGUCAUCUCGCUCGCGCCCGGCGCAGGACUGCGCGUCGCGGACGACGAAGCGGGCGCCCGCGGCUCCUACGCGGCGCGCUACACGGUGCUCAAGGUCGACGCUGCCCUCGGCGCGCCGCGGCCGUACGAGGUCGAGAAGCGCGUCCAGUGGAAUGUUGCAAACUUUGCGCGCUACGCGGACGGGUAUUCGCGCGCCAUGGCAGCGGCCGAGGCGUACGCCAGUACCUGCCGCGCGCAGAUUGAAGCGGCGCUUGGCACGAGCUCUGGCAUGGUCACGCUGAGUCACGACGUCGCGCACGGGCGCAUUCGCGUCACGCCAGGGCUGAAGAUGCACCCGAACGACUACGACAAGUCGUCGAUCUCGCGCACCUUUUUCUAUGGCCCGCAGUGGCUGGAAACCUCUGGCUGCGAGGUCUAUCCGACAGCCGCCGCGGCCAAGGAGCGCGCGCUGGCCCUGGUCGCAACGCUGAGCGCGACGCAGUGGUGCGUCUCGCUCGACGUCUACCGCCGCUACUGCGCAAUGCCGGACGUGCCCUUCGUGCCGCUCAACAUGAGCUACGGCGCGGCUGUGGCGGAGUGGCCAGAGCAGCGGCCCGGACGCCGCUCCCUCGCCACCAUCGUCGCCGAGGUCGCUGGCGGUGACAACACGUUGCCCUCCGUCACGCCAGCGAUGAUGGCCUGGCUCGUCGGCCUGUGGCUCGGAGCAGCUGGGGAGGUGCGUGUCGCGCGCAUCUCUGUCGGCACGUCAGAGGAGCCGUACAUUGUCCCGCGCCUCAAGGCUGUCGCGAGCGCGUGCGGACUCGAUGUCAUGCUCACCAAAGACCCGCAGGAAGAGCGCGGCCGCGUCACCAUCACGUCGCCCACAGCGUCAAACACCUUCCUUCGCGUCCUUACCGCCCUCGGUGUCCUCGACGCCAAGCACGUGAGCGACAGCGCCGCAGAGCUGCUCAUGGGCGAGUCGAGCGACGUGCGCGCGCACCUGCUCGCUGGCCUCAUUGAAUCGGCCGGGCACCUGGCCUUCGACCCGGCCAGCGGCGCUGCCAAGCACAUUGCCUUCUCGCAGUCGGAGCGCGCAGGACACGCGUCCAUCGUCCGCCUCUUCCACGACAUUUCGCGCUCGCUCGGCCUUUUCACGUUGUCGCGCAAGGAGCUCGUGCAGGAUGGCACCGCUGAUGCGCCUGCGCCAACCUUCUGGCGCCACCAGACGCUCAUUUCCGGCGACACACACCUCCUCCCCGUCGUGCUGCCGAGCAAGCGCUCGACGGGACCGACGCACGCCGUGGAGCAGCGCGUGCGCGGCUUUGAGAUUGUGCCUGCCGCGGCCGACGGCGAGUACGUCGGCUUUGCGGUCGCGCCUGGCGAGUCGCCGCUCUUCUGCCUCGCCGACUUUCUCGUUGCGCACAACACGCCCAAGGAGCUCGGUGGCCUUGGCUUCCUCUCGAUGGGCCACGUGCUCAUCCCAGAGUCGGACAAGCGCUGGUCAAAGCAAACGGACAUGGGCGGCAUCACCCACUUCCGCUCUGGCAUGACGCACGAGGAGGACCAGCUCAUUCCCAACCUGUAUCGCUACAUUCAGCCGUGGGAGAGCGAGUUUGCCGACUCUGUCCGCGUCUGGGCCGAGUACACGCUCAAGCGCCAGGAGGCCCUCGCUCAAAACCGCCGCAUCACGCUGGACGACUUGGAGGACUCGUGGGACCGAGGCCUACCGCGCAUCAAUUCGCUCUUCACCAAAGACCGCCACACGCUUGCCUACGACAAGGGCUGGCGCGUUCGCACCGAGUUCAAAAAGUACCAGGUCGCCAAGUACAACCCCUUCCACUGGACCAACGCUCGUCACGACGGCAAGCUCUGGGCGCUCAACAACUACCGCGCAGACGUCAUCCAGGCGCUCGGUGGUGUGGAGGGCAUUCUCGAGCACACGCUCUUCAAGGGCACGGCCCACGUCACCUGGGAGGGUCUGUUCUGGGAGAAGGCAUCUGGCUUCGAAGAGGCCAUGGCGUACAAGAAGCUGACCAACGCGCAGCGCUCUGGUUUGAGCCAGAUUCCCAACCGUCGCUUUACGCUGUGGUGGUCGCCCACCAUCAACCGCGCCAACGUCUACGUUGGUUUCCAGGUGCAGCUCGAUCUGACGGGCAUCAUGUUGCACGGCAAGCUGCCCACGCUCAAGAUUUCCUACGUGCAAAUCUUCCGCGCCCACUUGUGGCAAAAGAUUCACGAGUCGAUCGUGAUGGAUUUGUGCCAGGUCUUUGACCAGGUGACCGACCAGCUGCAGAUUGAGACGGUGCAAAAGGAGACCGUCCACCCGCGCAAGUCGUACAAGAUGAACUCUUCCUGCGCCGACGUGCUUCUCUUUGCGGCCUACAACUGGAAGGUGUCCAAGCCGUCGCUCCUUGCCGACCAGCGCGAUGCCAUCGAUGCCCACCCGACCCAAAAGUACUGGGUUGACGUCCAGCUGCGCUGGGGCGACUAUGACUCGCACGACGCUGAGCGCUACGCGCGCGCCAAGUUCCUCGACUACUGCUUCCCUGCCGAGGACCACGAGGUGCUGACCGCGCACGGCUUCAUGGAUCUCGCUGGCGUGCAAGCUCACCUCGCGUCCCACGGGACGCUCGACGUCGCUAGCUGGGUGGACGGCGCCCUGCAGUACCAUUCCAUCGACAUCGGGGCGCUGUACGUGCACACCGGCGAGCACACGCACGUCGAGAUGCGCGCUGCUGACGACAGCGGCGUGUCCCUGUGCCCGACCGACAACCACCGCAUGUGGGCUCGGCUGGGUGCAACGGGUGCCAACCGCGUGUUCUCGGGCUCUCCUGCGUUCGAAAAGCACACUGCCGGCAGCAUCCUGGCGGCUGGUGCGGCAGACCGCAGCACGGUGGUGCAGUUCUCCGGCAUGUUCGAAGCGGGUGUCACGCCCAGCGGACCCGCGCCGUUCAUGCGCGAGCUGGAUUUGCAUACCGCAGACGAGGAGCUGGCCUUCCUGGAGCUGUACGGUUAUUUCCUCGGCGACGGAUGGCUGGACUCGACCCACCGCAGCAUCGCCUUCGGUCCGAGCAAGCCGGCGGACUGGGCGUACCUCGACGCGCUGCUGGCGCGGCUGCCCCUACCUCGCCUGGAGUCCGCCACGCAGGGGGCACACGGCUACUGGCGUCAGACGCUGAGUGAUGACACACUGUCGCCAGCGGAGCAGCAGGCGGCGCGUGACCAGCGUCGCGCCGCGCAUCAGGCCAAUCCGCAACGCACGUAUUUCAUCACGUCCUCGCACUGGGUGCAGUACUUCGCCCAGCAGUACGGCCACAAGUACGGCGGCGCGUUUGAGGUGGAUGUGCUGAUCGGCGCGCUGCGGCGUGGCGCGUCUGUGCUGCCGGCUCCCCGCCGUCCGUACACGGGCGUGGCGUCGCGUUACAGCGCCCUGCUGACAUCGGGCAUCGGCUCGGUGGCUGACGCAGUCGCUGACGUCGCCCCCGGUGACGGACAGCGCUACGUGCCGGACGCCGUCCCGGUGAAGCCGGCGCGAGGCCCCACGCCGGCGUCGACGCGGUCUAGCAUGAACAUGCACACGCAUCACUGCGCUGGCCACCUGCCCUCGGUGGAACAGGCGGCACUGGUGGCAUCGCCCACGGCCGAGGCCAUCCUCGCGCUCGCGCGCCAGCAGGGCGCCACGGACGAGCCGCAGCCUCCGGAUGCCGAGGACAUCGACUCAGCGAAGUGGAUCUGGCACUGGUUCUGGCGCCGCGUGGGGCUUGCGGGUGCGCGCGCGCUGAUCGCCGGCCUGCGCGUCGCUGAUGGCAAUCAGUCACAGGCAGCGGCGUCGCAGCAGGACGGGGGCUGGAUCGCCACUGGGUCGGCGCGAUUCCGCGACGAGAUCCCAGCGUGCGGCGCUGCACGCAGGCUACAGCGCACGGUGCGUGAUGAAGAACCAGGCUGGCGAUCUCGGCGGUGUCAACGUACACGGAGUGCAGUGCACGUACAAGUCGGACCUGUGGGAGGUGCACUUCAGCGACACGCCAAAGUCUGCGCUACCGAAACUCACCGUCGCAACCGAGUGCGCGCAAGUGACGCGCAGCGGCACGGUGUGGUGCGUGCGAGUGCCGACGAAAGAGCACCUGAUCAUGUUCCGUCGUGUGCUGGAGCGCAACCACAGCGGCGUCGUCGUCGAGGCGUCGCGCCCAAUCAUCGUCGGAAACACGACCGACAACAUGUCGCUGUACCCGUCGCCCACCGGUGUGCUGAUUGCGUUCGAUCUGGCCUACAACCUGUAUGCUGCCUACGGCUCUUGGAUUCCUGGCAUGAAGCCCCUGAUGCAGCAAGCCCUCGGCAAGGUCAGCAAGGCCAACCCUGCGCUCUACGUCUUGCGCGAGCGCAUUCGCAAGGCCCUGCAGCUGUAUUCGUCCGAGCCGACCGAGCCCUACCUGUCCUCGCAAAACUAUGCCGAGCUCUUCUCCAACCAGAUUAUCUGGUUUGUCGACGACACGAACGUCUACCGCGUCACCAUCCACAAGACCUUUGAGGGCAACUUGACGACCAAGCCCAUCAACGGUGCCAUCUUCAUCUUCAACCCGCGCACGGGCCAGCUCUUCCUCAAGGUCAUUCACACGUCCGUGUGGGCGGGCCAGAAGCGUCUUGGCCAGCUGGCCAAGUGGAAGACGGCCGAAGAAGUGGCUGCGCUCAUUCGCUCGCUGCCCGUGGAAGAACAGCCCAAGCAGAUCAUUGUCACGCGCAAGGGCAUGCUCGACCCGCUCGAGGUGCACAUGCUCGACUUCCCGAACAUUGUCCUCAAGGGCUCGGAUUUGCAACUGCCCUUCCAAGCCAUCAUGAAGGUGGAAAAGUUUGGCGACAUUAUCAUGCAGGCAACCGAGCCAAAGCUCAUCUUGGCCAACAUUUACGACGACUGGCUCGGCACCAUCUCGUCCUACACGGCGUUCAGUCGCCUCAUUCUGAUUGCGCGCGCCCUGCACGUCAACAUUGACCGCGCCAAGCUCAUUCUCAAGCCCAACCGAAACACCAUCACGCAGCCUCACCACGUGUGGCCCACGCUGAGCGACGAAGAGUGGAUUAAGGUUGAAGUGGCGCUGAAGGACUUGAUUUUGGCCGACUUUGGCCGUCGUCAGAACGUCAAUGUCGCUUCGCUCACGCAGUCCGAGAUUCGCGACAUCAUUCUCGGUAUGGAGAUUGCCGCCCCGUCGCAGCAACGCCGCGACAUUGCCGAGGUCGAGAAGCAGACCAAGGAGCAGUCGCAGCUGACCGCGACCACCACGCGCUCGGUGAACAAGCAUGGCGACGAGAUUAUCGUGACCACCACCAGCAAUUACGAGUCGCGCAACUUUUCGACCAAGACCGAGUGGCGUGUGCGUGCCAUCUCGUCCACCAACCUGCACUUGCGCACCAACCACAUUUACGUCAACUCGGACGACAUUCGCGAGUCUGGCUACACGUACAUUCUGCCCAAGAACGUGCUCAAGCGCUUUAUCACGAUUUCUGACCUGCGCACGCAGAUUGCCGGCUACAUGUAUGGCGUGUCCCCGCCCGACAACCCAAAGGUGCUCGAGGUGCGCUGCAUCGUGAUGGUUCCUCAGUGGGGCACCCACCAGGUCGUCCACCUGCCGCACCAGUUGCCGCAGAACGAGUACCUGAAGGACUACGAGCCGCUUGGCUGGAUUCACACCCAGCCCAACGAGCUGCCACACCUCUCGCCGCAAGACGUGACCACCCACGCCAAGAUCCUUGCCGACAACCAAGCCUGGGACGGCGAGAAGACGAUCGUGAUUACCUGCUCCUUCACCCCUGGUUCUUGCUCGCUCACGGCGUACAAGCUCACUCCCACCGGCUUUGACUGGGGCCGCAACAACAAGGACACGAGCAUCAACCCCGCCGGCUACCAGCCCAGCUUCUUUGAGCGCGUCCAGAUGCUCUUGUCCGAUCGCUUCCUCGGCUUUUUCAUGGUGCCCGCCGAAGGCUCGUGGAAUUACAACUUUAUGGGCGUCAGCCACUCGCCAUCCAUGCGCUACGACCUGCAGUUGGCCAAUCCCAAGGAGUUUUACCACGAAGUGCAUCGACCAACGCACUUUUCCGGCUUUGCUGGCAUUGAUGAUGCGACUGCCGGAGCUGAUCGCGACGAUGUUCUUGCGUGAAGCAAAAAGUUGGCUCCUUUGUGUUUUUAUGAGAGUUGUUUGUUUUUGUUUUUUUGUCGUCUUGUAGUGUUUUGUCGUGUCACUGUUUUUCUUGUUUCAACAUCGA